CACUCACAAUCGGCAAAUAUAUUGUUAAAAGGGGAAACGAAUUGUGGCAAACAUGUUUCGGUUUGGAAUCUAAUUUCUUCUUCAGUUUACUCAAGAUUAUCAUCGCACAGUGUCAAGGUCAACAUCGGCAUCAUUGCAUUUCUGUAGCUGUCAAUUUUCCAUCAACACGUGUGUGUUUUGUUGUGUCAUUUGACAGUUUUACAACAAAAAAAUUGACCAUUUUUCAUCAUCCAAUUUUAUUUUAUAAAUCAUGGACAAAAUAGCUUUAACACGAUUAAGUGAAGAACGAAAAGCAUGGCGAAAAGAUCAUCCGUUCGGUUUUUUCGCUAAACCGGUAAAAAAUCCAGAUGGUACAUAUAAUCUACAAGAAUGGGAAUGUGCUAUCCCCGGAAAAAAUGGAACAUCAUGGGAAGGUGGUCUUUAUAAGCUUAAAAUGUAUUUCAAAGAUGAUUAUCCGUCCACACCACCUAAAUGUAAAUUCGAACCACCAUUAUUUCAUCCGAAUGUAUAUCCAAGCGGUACCGUAUGUCUAUCAUUAUUGGACGAGGAAAAAGAUUGGCGACCAUCCACCACAAUUAAACAGAUUCUAAUCGGCAUACAAGAAUUACUCAACGAACCCAAUGUUAAGGAUCCAGCUCAAGCUGAAGCAUACACUUUCUAUUGUAAUGAUAAAACCGAAUAUGAACGUCGUGUACGUAAUCAAGCUAAAAUGAAUACACCGAAAAAUUAAGCAUUAAUCAAGUGAAAAACAUUAAACAUUUUAACAUUCUAACACAUUAUUUUAUUAUUAUUAUUAUUGUGUGUUAGCAAUUAUCAAAUUGUAUUGGUAAAGUAAUAAUAAAAAACAAAAAUAAAUUCAUCAUUUCCAAAAAUC